AUGGGCUCUCAUUUUCUCUCCGACACGUCGUCUGGGGCCGCCGCAGCGUCGUCCGGGGUCAAGCCCCGCGCCACCGCCGAACCCUACUAUGACUUGGGCCGGUCGUCGGCCGCCGCACCGCAUGUGACCACGACGUCGCCCGAAGCCCAGAUUUGGUUCGGCCGCGCCCUCGUCUGGACCUACUGCUUCAACCACGACGAAGCCAUUGCCUGCUACAAACAGGUACUCGCACACGACGAUGCCUGCGCCAUGGCCUACUGGGGCCUCGCCUUCUGCUCGGGCCCCAACUACAACCGCACCUGGCGCCUGUUCAACGACGUCGACCGGCGACAGGCCGUCCACGACACAUUCACAUAUGCGCAGGCAGCACUGGCACGAGUGGGAGUGGGUCUAGGGUCAAGUCCCGUGUCCGGCUCGGCGAGCGGGCCGGCCCGCCCGGCCGUAGCAGAGUGGGAGAAGGCACUCAUUUGUGCGCUCGUCAAGCGCUAUCCGGACAACAACACCCACCGCGACACGGCCGUGUGCGACCGAGCCUAUGCAGACGCCAUGCGCACUGUGUACGCCCAGUUCGGCCGCGACGACACCAACUUCGACAUGGUCACCCUCUUUGCCGACGCGCUGAUGAACGUGGCGCCGCGGAAACUCUUUGAUACGGCGACCGGCGGACCGAUUGCCAGUUCGCCGGUCGCCGAAGUGCGCGCGCUCCUCGAGCGAGCCCUGGCGCGCCCGGGCGUCGAGACGCACCCGGGCGUGGCGCACUACUACAUCCACUUGAUGGAAAUGUCGGCCACGCCGGCCGCGGCGCUGCCGGCAGCGGACAUGAUCCGUGAUCUGGUGCCGGACACGGGCCACACGUACCACAUGCCGGCGCACAUUGACGUGCUGGUGGGCGACUACCGGCGCGCGGUGGAGUACAACCACAGGGCGACGGUGGCCGACGACAAGUACUUUGCGGCGGCGGGCAACGGCGGGCGCACGUUUUACAGCUACUACCGGCUGCACGACUACCACUCGCUGAUUUACGCGGCGAUGCUGGGCGGCAUGUCGCAGGCGGCGCUCGCGACGACGGACCGCAUGGAGGCGACGAUCACCGAAGCGAUGCUGCGCGUCGAGGCGCCCGCGCUGGCCGACUGGAUGGAGUUUUUCCUGGCGGUGCGCGUGCACGUGCUGAUCCGCUUUGGGCGGUGGGACGAGGUGCUGCGGCUCGAGCCCAAGGCCGACAGGGACCUGUACUGCGUGACCAACGUGUUCCGGCACUACGGCCACGCCAUUGCCUAUGCGGCGACCGGCCGGGUGGCCGAGGCCGAGGCGGCGCGCGCGCGGUUCCGCGCGGCGGCGGCGUACGUGCCGCCCACACGGCUCGAUUUCCCCAACAAGAUCACGGACAUUUUGCACAUUGCCACGGCCAUGCUGGACGGCGAGAUUGCGUACCGGCGCGCCGACUACCCGCUGGCCUUUGGCCGGCUGCGCGAUGCCGUGGCGCUCGAGGACGCGCUGCCGUUUGCGGAGCCCUGGGGCUGGAUGCUGCCGGCGCGGCACGCGUUCGCGGCGCUGUCGCUCGAGCAGGGGUUUGUCGAGGAGGCGGCGCACGCGUACGCGCAGGACCUGGGCCUGGCGCCCACGCCGGGCCGCGUGCACCAGCACCCCAACAACGUGUGGGCGCUGCACGGCUACCACGAGUGCCUGCAGCGUCUGGGCCGCCACGGCGAGGCUGCGCGGCUCGAGCCACAGCUGGCGGCCGCGCUCGCCGAUGCCGACGUCGACGUCACGUCGUCGUGCUUCUGCCGUGUCGGUGUGCUGUCCUGCUGUGGCGCGAACGCGGUGGAGAAGCAGAGGGACACGAUCACGGUCAAGGAGCUGUGCUGUGAAGAAAUAAAGAAAAAAAACAAGAAGAAGAAGAAGAAGAAAGGCAAUCUGUUGCUGUUCCUCGGUGCUUUACGCCGCCGUGUCCGGCCCGUUUACGUCGUCGGCAAAUGCCUUGAUUCCCAAACAAAUUGCGUCCACCACGCGAUAGCACGGCGUCAAUGUCCGUGCGGCCGCAUUCUGCGGGCAAAUGUCCAGCGGAUCCGUGUCCAUGUCGUACCGCUCGCGCCAGCACCGUCCGUCUGGGUCAGGACACGUUUCGUGGCCAACCAUGUGCCGGUUGUGCUGCCGCAGGGCAAAGCGCCCGCCCAAGUCGGUGAGCCGUGCCGCGUCGGCCUGCAAGCCCUGGCGGACAACCGCCUGCACCAUGCGGCGGUCGACCUCGAACGCCGCGCCGCCCACGAGGACGGUGUCUUUCGGGCCUCCGUGUCCACGGUCUUCACUGCUCUCGCUGUCGCCGCCGCUUGUUAUGCUGCCCACCCACCGCACGUACCGCCGGUAGCCGGCGUUGACUUCGUGCAUCAGACGGCCGAUGAGAAGAACAUUCUCAAUCGUGAGCCGCGGCGCCUUCUUAAUGUCGUAGCAGAUGGGGCACGUCAGCAGCCGCUCGACGAGGUCGAUGCCGACGCGCAGGUCGGCGACAAUGGCGUGCGACACGGCCUGCGCCCGGUGGCGAAGUGCUCGGACGGACGCCGAUACGUCGUCGGCGCAGUGGCAGGACAAGGUCGCGGGCGACUGUGGCGACGAAUGGGGCGACUGCGGCGGUGA